AUGGCAUCAUCAUCAACAACUACCUCAUCCCACCACGAACGGAGACCUUCGGUCGGAGCACCCAUCUCCGACUUACAAGGUCCCGUGGGUCCGGGGUUCAGUCGUCCCAAGCAUAGACGCACCUUUACGGGCUUUGGACCGUCGGAAAUCAAGAGUGUCGAGGCGAGCAUUCCGGAGCCGUUGAGGGAGGCAUGGAAGAAAUAUUCCCCGAAAGGGUUCACAAACAAGGAUGAUUUCGAGAAAGAACUGGUUCGCCAUGUUGAAACUACCCUGGCGCGCUCUCUGUUCAACUGUGAUGAAUUAGCAGCAUAUUCGGGGACGGCUCUGGCCUUCAGAGAUAGGCUGAUAAUCGAAUGGAACAAGACCCAGCAGCGCCAGACCUUCGCAGACAAGAAACGCGUAUACUAUCUUUCUCUCGAAUUUCUGAUGGGAAGAGCACUGGAUAACGCUAUGCUUAAUGUAGGACUAAAGGAUGUCGCUAAAGAUGGCUUGGGAGAACUUGGAUUUCGCAUUGAGGAUGUGAUCAGCCAGGAACAUGAUGCUGCGCUAGGAAACGGCGGUCUAGGUAGAUUGGCCGCUUGUCUUCUCGACAGCAUGGCAACCUUGAAUUAUCCCGCAUGGGGCUAUGGAUUGCGCUAUCGCUACGGUAUCUUCAAGCAGGAGAUCGUGAACGGCUACCAGGUCGAAGUCCCAGACUACUGGCUGGACUUCAAUCCAUGGGAGUUCCCCAGGCACGAAAUCACCGUGGAUGUCCAGUUCUAUGGUUCAGUAAGAAGAUAUCACGAUGAUGAUGGUAAGGUCAUCAAUGAGUGGGACGGCGGCGAGAUCGUCCAAGCUGUCGCGUACGAUGUUCCCAUCCCCGGUUAUGGGACGUCGACGACAAACAACCUCCGAUUGUGGUCCAGCAAGGCCUCCAGCGGCGAAUUCGACUUUCAGAAGUUCAACUCGGGAGAGUACGAAAGUGCCGUCGCCGACCAGCAGCGAGCAGAGACCAUCUCUGCUGUUCUGUACCCCAACGAUAACCUGGAUCGAGGUAAAGAGCUACGCUUGAAGCAGCAGUAUUUCUGGUGCGCUGCCUCGUUGUAUGAUAUUGUUCGACGAUUCAAGAAGACCAAGCGAGCCUGGAGCGAGUUCCCAGACCAGAUCGCCAUCCAGCUCAAUGACACCCAUCCGACGCUGGCCAUAGUCGAACUGCAGCGCCUGCUAGUUGAUGUCGAAGGCCUUGACUGGGAUCAGGCAUGGCACAUUGUGGUAAACACCUUUGGAUACACAAACCAUACAGUCUUACCAGAGGCCCUCGAGAAGUGGUCCGUACCUCUGUUCCAGAAUCUGCUCCCACGUCAUCUGCAGAUUAUCUACGACAUUAAUCUGUUCUUCCUACAGUCGGUUGAGAAGAAGUUCUCGACAGAUCGGGACUUGCUGGCAAGAGUAUCGGUCAUUGAAGAAAGCCAUCCGAAAAUGGUCCGCAUGGCCCAUCUGGCAAUCAUCGGCUCUCACAAGGUCAACGGAGUCGCGGAACUGCACUCGGACCUCAUCAGAACAACUAUCUUCAAGGACUUUGUCGAAAUAUACGGUUCGGACAAAUUCACCAACGUGACCAACGGCAUCACCCCGAGACGCUGGCUUCAUCAAGCAAACCCACGACUUGCGGACCUUAUCGCGACCAAGCUGGGUAGUUACGAUUUCCUGAAAGACCUCACUCUCCUCGACGGAUUGGAAGCACAUGCAGAGGACAAGACAUUCAGAAGCGACUGGGCUGCCGUCAAGCACGCGAACAAAGUCCGUCUUGCCACGCAUAUCAAGAACACAACCGGUUACAGCGUGAACCCGAGCUCUCUAUUUGAUAUCCAAGUGAAGCGUAUCCACGAGUACAAGCGACAGCAGCUCAACAUAUUUGGAGUUAUCCACCGCUAUCUGACUAUCAAAUCCAUGACGCCCGACGAACGCAAGAAGCUCGUGCCCCGAGUAUCCAUCUUCGGCGGUAAAGCAGCCCCCGGAUACUGGAUGGCCAAGACGGUCAUCCAUCUGAUCAAUAACGUCGCUUCGGUAGUCAACAAAGACCCCGACGUCGGCGAUCUCCUCAAGGUUAUCUUUGUUGAAGACUACAACGUCAGCAAAGCAGAGAUUAUCAUCCCAGCCUCUGAUAUCAGCGAGCACAUCUCCACAGCCGGGACCGAAGCCAGCGGUACAAGCAAUAUGAAAUUUGUCCUAAACGGAGGCCUCAUUAUCGGAACAUGUGAUGGAGCGAAUAUCGAAAUAACCCGCGAAAUCAGCGAACAAAACAUCUUCCUAUUCGGCAACCUAGCCGAAGACAUCGAAGAACUCCGUCACAAACACCUCUACGCAAACGAUCUCAAACUCGACCCCGACCUCACCAAAGUCUUCGACGCCAUCCGCUCCGGCACCUUCGGCGACGUCAACGACUUCUCCGCCCUACUCUCCUCGAUCGCCGAACACGGCGAUUAUUACCUCGUCUCGGACGAUUUCCACUCAUAUAUCACGGCGCAGAGCGUCGUAGAUGAAGCGUUCAAGGAUCAGGAUGAGUGGGUUACGAAGAGUAUUACGAGCGUGGCUCGUAUGGGGUUCUUUACUUCUGAUCGGGUUAUUAAUGAGUAUGCUGAUAGUAUUUGGAACGUGGAGCCGUUGGAUGUGACUGGUUAA